AUAGCACUGAAAGAGAAGCAAAUCUGAUAAGGAGUAAAAUCGGCAUUCAGAUAUUUCUUUGUUUGAGUGUGAGAGGAUCAUGGCUUCGGGACAAGAAAAAGAAGAACGGGCCGAGGCAGCCUUGAGGUUGGCUGGGUCGGAGAAGAAGGAGGCCGAAAGGGAGAGAGAAGAAGGAGCAAAAUUGGUUUCUGAUCGACAGAAACAGGAGCAGCAGCAGCGCCCUGGUGUGAUUGGGUCCGUUCUCAGGGCGGUUCAGGAGACCUAUGAGCAUGCUAAAGAAGCAGCCACCGGAAAGUCUCAGGAGGCCGUUGAGAAGACGAGGGAAACUGCUGAGGUUGCUUCGGAGAAGGCGAGAGAGGCUGCACAAAAGACUGCAGAAAAGACAGGUCAAACUAAAGAUGCAGCCGCCGAAAAAACUCGUGGAGUGUCGGACGCUGCCUCCCAGAAGGCCCAGGAGGCGAAAGAGAAGAUGCGCGAAUCCAAGGAUUAUACGGCUGACAAAUCCAAGGAAGCCAAGGACUCCGCUGCCGAGAAAGCCAGGGAGACCAAGGAUACGGGAGCCGAAAAAACAGUUGAGCACAAGAAUUCUGCUGCAGAGAAGGCGAAGGAGACUAAGGAUGCGGUGGCUGGGCAAGCAGGGGAGUACAAGGACUACGCUGCGGAGAAAGCGAGAGGGGUCAAGGACACCACAUUGGGGAAGACAGGGGAGUACAAAGAUUAUGCAGCAGAAAAAGCCAAGGAAACCAAGGACGCCACAGUGCAGAAAGCAGCCGUGUACAAGGACUAUACUGCAGAGAAAGCUGAGGAAGGCAAGGAUACUUCUGUUGGUAAGAUUACUGAGCUCAAGGAUUCUGCAGCUGACGCCGCUAGAAGGGCCAUGGAAUAUUUGACUGGCAAGAAAGAGGAAACCAAGCACAAAACUUCCGAGACUGCAGAGGCUGCUAAGGAGAGGUUGACUGAAACUGAGGAAGCAGCGAGACGGAAAAUGGAAGAGUUAAAACUUAAAGGGAAGGAGGAGCACAAGGAAGCGGAAGGGCGCGAAACCCAGCAAUCUAAGGACUCUCCAGGUGUCAAGGGGGUGCUGAUCAACGUGCGGGAGACUCCCACCGGAUAUGUAGCCACCGCUCUGAAAGCCGCAGAUCAGAUGACCGCUCAAACUUUCAACGACGUGGGCCCCCUGGACGAGGAGGAGAUUGCACGUGUAGAUCAUCAAGAAAAGACCAAGUGAUCACCUCUACGGUCCCACCCCACACAACCCAUGUUAUGUUGAUUAUGGAUCUCUCUUUUGGUCCUAGCAUGUUUCACGUUCUUGUCCAAAAAACAUAAUACCAUCUUAUGUCUGCGCUCUUGGUUAUGUGCAAUAAUUUUGGUGUGGGUCACAGCCCACCAACAUUUCCACCAGGCCAGCCCAAGUGGUUGGCCCAUGUUACAAUCCGUUCUAGAAUCUUGUCUCCCCGGAGGUCGUCGGUGUUCCCCCCCUUUUUUUAAUGCAUUCUGAAUUUUUUGUGUGUCUUCUUGCACCGUCGUUAUCUCCACACAAUAUCAAAUUGUGCAUUAUUACUGGUA